AUAUACCGUUGGUACUAUAAUUUCUUGUUAUUUGGGUAUUUUUAAAACUUUAAAAACUUAUUUUUAAAUGGUAUAUUUGAAGUAAAAAUUAUAAAAUAAACAGCAUUUCAAGAUUUCAAGUACGAAAAAUGAAUAAAGAUGUGAAAUUACCGCCGAGAUAUGCCAAGACAAGCAAGUAAAUGUCGUGAAUGGGAGAAAGAUAGGAGGAAUCGAUUGAAUAAUUCCUUUUCGGAACUUAGCAAAAAGUUACCAUGUUAUCAACCGUCAUUGAACAUCAGCAAAAUCGAAAUCCUACAAAAAGCUGCUGGUUACAUCGAUGAACUUGAUACUCAAGUUAAAGAUUUGUUGGCUAAUAAUGCUCCGAAAGCAACGUGUGAGAAAAUUAAAAAACUACGUGAUCAAAUAAAAAAAUUAUUAAUUCGUAAUGAACAACUUUGUAAUCUUCUUAAAGAUGCUGGAAUUAGAUAUCCAUCAGAAUGCGGCCUUGUUAAGUUUAAGACACCCAAAAAAUGGGCGAACAAAAUUACACAAGAUCAAGCGAAAGCUUUGGCAGACAAAGAAGCCCAAAAGGAAAAUAACCAUAGUAAUACGAUCAAAGAGAAAAGAAGCGAUAAGUUAAAAAAGAAAAACAGCAGUUUAAAAUCGGUCCAAAAAGCUAGAGUAAAACGGAAGGAACAUAAAAAGCUUGUACAAUCAGCUUUUAGGUUAAACAUUGCGCAAAGUAAUUUGUUAAGUCUAGUCACAACACAAUCAUGUUUUAUAAUUACUAAUACACCAAAAGCAUCACAAACUGGUGUUACCAAAACAACAACAGUAUUAACAGAUUCAAGAAUAUUAUCAACACCAUUAGUAGCCUCAAAUAUAAGACCAACGGGCACAGUAUUUGUAGCCAAUAACAACCUUUUACCUACAUUUAUUCAUCAACCGGCAUUAGUUCCAACUCCAAUUUUAGCAACAAAUCCUGUAAUUGUAAAUACGCCGUUGCCACGUGCCGAAAAUAUAGUUCCUACAAUUUUAACCAGUUCCAUUCUCGUUAAUACAACCGUCACAAAUAGUAAUACCGUUCCAAUUAAAAUCGACCGUACUCAAAAAGUUCCUGUGUCUAACACUACUUUAGUUACAGUUAAUGGAACGCCUACGUGUUUAAACGUAAAAACCGCUUCUAAUAAAAAUAAUCAAAGUGUUUCAUCGUCUUUGGUGAGUUUACCAAAAAUUACGACGACGAAAACUUUGCUACCCUUACGACCCAAAGCUCAUACUUGUACAACUCAGGCUAAUAAAGUUCCAAUUCCAGCGUUAAGUGCUGAUUAUAAAAAGUGUUUGUUGAGAUCGAUUAAUUUGAAUACGAAUGUGGUGAGCGGCGUUAAAACUUAUUUAAGUAAAAAAAAGGAAGAAAGUAAAUAUAGGGGACCACAAAAGGUUGUAAUUAAACAAAAUGUAGUAUUGAAAAAUAAAAAUAAUAAUGAAAAAAAGGGUGAAAUUAAAAAGAAUCAAAAAAAUCGUUUAAAUGAAACGGAUGUUGAACAAAAUAAAAAAUUGAUUAAUCACGAAGAAGAUAUUUCCCCACCGAGUGAGAAAAAAAUUAAAUUAAGUGAUGAAAAAGAUGAUGGUAAUAAAAAGAAUCCUACCACUUUAACGUAUUCAAUCGUUUCACUUUGCACAACUACUUUAACUUCAACUUCAAUUUUAAAGGAACAUGGUUCUCAAGAUUUAUUAACAACGCCAAAAAUCGAACCUGAAAAAUUAUCUGAAAACAAAAAUGAACAUAAAAAAGCUGUCAAUAUUGCAGUGGAUUCUUUACAUUCUGAACAAAAAGAAAGUGGAAUUGAAGAGCAUCCUGAAAUUUUAGGACAAAAAUGUGAAGUUUUAGAAAAACAACCUGAUAUUGCAGAAACUAAAUCUGAAAUUUUAGUAAAACAAUCUAAAAUUUUAGAAAAACAAUCUGAAAUUGUAGUUAAAGAAACUGAAAUUUUAGAUAAAGAAUCAGAAAUUUUAGACAAACAAUCUGAAAUUUUAGAAAAGCAACCUGACAUGUUAGAAAAACAAGCACUUUUAGAGAAACCCUCAGAAAUAACACUUCAAGACACACUAACACAAAAAGACGUUGAAUUUAAAGUACCUGAAUUAAACGAUCCUUUAGGUCACUCAGAGCUUUCAAAUGAUAUUUUUGCUUCGUUAUCUCACGUAGCUACUGGUGGACAAAAUCCAGAAUCAACUUCACCAACUGCAGCGUUUUUGUUAGCUUUCCCUCUAGUUUCUUCGUUAAAUUCAUUAAAAGUAACUGAAGUAAUCGAAGAUGAAGCGACAGAAAGUCAAAGAGAAACCCCAACCUUACUUCAAAUUGGAACGAUGGAUUCGACCAAAACAACUCAAAGUCAAAGCGAUACUUUAACACCGAGUUUAUUAAAUUUAGAUAAUUUUUCGUUUUUCCCUAAAGAAUUUUAUCCGAGUUUCGAUAUGAUUAAUACAAAUAAUUCGGAUAAUAUAACUAGUUUAAAUAAUAAUUCCGAUGCAAUAAAUACUUCUUCAAGUUCACAAGUCUCGAUUGUUAAAAAAACUUCUAUUUCUAGUAUUCAAAGUAAUUGUACAACAACAAAUUCUAAUAAUAGUGGGGUGAUAAAUAAGAUUUCAUCUUCGGGAAUUUCAAUUCAAAGUAAUCCGCUCCCGAUUAUGUCUACUUCUUCGUCUUCUUCGAGUGUUAAUGGAAAAGCAAUAAAUACAACAAUUUCAAGUAAUUUGCCACAAAAUAAUGGUAAUAUUAAUAACACAAAAGUAAUUUCUAAAAAGCAAGAGUUUGAGGUUGCAAAAGUAACUUCAUCAUCUCAAGUUUAUUCAGUUGCUAAAAGUGUAACGACUCAUUCUAUAUCGAAUAUCUCAUCUAUAAAAGUUGAAAGAACUCAAAAGAAUGAAAAAUUUUCUAAUUCUCACACUAUGCCUUCUUCAGUUAAUUACCCACCAAAUAUAAAUUAUGAUUUUUCUUACAACAAUUCGUUUUUUUCAUCUGAAGCUGCUCCUCAAACGAAUUCUAUUGUUCCAAAUGAAAAAGAUAAACUUAAAUCGGAUAAGAAAAAUUCUUGUUUCUAUCCAGCAACAACUACAAGUUAUUCUUUAACAAAUCCAACUACAAAUUAUUGUUUACCACCUGUAACAACAAUUUCUUAUUCAUUACCAAUAACGACAGCUCCUUAUGUGACGGUUACAACGACGUCUUAUUCUUUACCAGUUGUUACAACCAUUAGUCAAUAUAAUACAUUUAAUCCUUUUACGGAUUUACCAUUAACGAAAUCUUCGUCCUAUACAUCAUCGAUUACUUCAAAGUCUUACAAUGAUAUGUUGAAUACUACAAAUACUUAUUCGUACAGUUAUGGAGAUAAUUUAAAUACAACUACUUUUUCUGCAACUAAUUCUAAAUGCGGAAAAGAUAAAAAUUAUUACAGUUUUAAUUAUGACAAUUACGAAUAUAAAGAGUUUUCUAAACCUUACGAACCUGUUAGAAAUCAAUACAAUCAACCUUAUUGUUAUAAUAAUACGCAACCAAAUCAACAAAUGAAAGAAAAAAGUGUCAAACCUUCAAGCAAUACGAAUAAUACGAGUUCAUCUAAUACAAGACCUCCAGUUAAUUGGAUGACUACUCCAGAUGUGCGUCAACAAUCGCAGGAUUUUAUACCAUUUUCAAAAGAAAUGGAUUUUACACCAGGGACGGUUUAUCCCUCAUUUUCCUCCGUAACUCAAAGUAGUUACUUUAAUAAUAAUUCAUACACAAAUACUUUAGCAAAUGAAUUUACAUCGUCUUUUCCUGAAACGCGAAAAAUUGAUAGUUUCUCGUCUAUGCCUAAUACAUUUCAAAGAACGGACGAAGAAAAUCAAUUUUCUUGGUCACCAUCGAAAUUGCCGCAUAUGCUCGAUCCGCCUCAUGGUUUUAUGUCGAAUACUUUACCAACUUUAGUAGGAGAUUUAGCAUUAGGAAAUCAACCUUUAUUUCCAGAACAAAAAGAUAAAAGCAGAACUAAAGAUGUUAAAAGAAAUAAAUUGCAAAAUAGUUUUGAUUCGACGCAGAAUUUUCUGUCUGUUAGCCAAUUGGUUGAUCAUUCCAAAACUAACGAUGGAAAUUCUAAUAGAAUUCCGAAUAGACGAAGUAGUGGAAGUGGUAGUAGAAAUAAUUCGAAUAAGAAUUCUAAAUCUGCUAAAAGAAGCACUAAAAACGAAAAUAACACAAAAGAUGUGCAAAGUUAUAAUAAAUUAUCAAGCGGAGAAACCAAAAUUAAACAUCAAAGUCAAUCAAACGAUUUUAAUUCGAAUCAAAGUAAUAAUAAUGGUAAUAAUGAAUGGAAUCCGUUAGGGAGUAAUAAUAACAAUAAUAAAAAUAGAAACGUUAAGAAUCCUUCAAGUAGUUAUUCAGCUGAAGCUUUAAUUGGACAUCAAAACAACGAUAUUAGACAAAGAAAUCAACAAUCAAGUUAUAAUCCGAUUGUAAAUAAAUCUUUACCAGUUCCGUUUUUAGCCGAAAAUCUUUUACCGUAUUUCCCCCCAGUUGAUAUCCAACAAGAAAAUAAUUUACUCCCUCAAAAUCAAACGUUUGGACACAAUCUAAAUCAAUCCAGUACUUUUGGACAUAAUUUCACAGCGACAAUUCAAAAUAACGUUUACUCAAACAAUUCUUUCGUCCCAACUAAUUUUAAUUUACCUGAUAUUGGUAAUACAACUGAUUACAAUGCUGGAAUUAUCGAUAAUACUUUUGGGCACGUUGUUCCAAAACCCCCACCAGAAAGAUUUAACAAAUCCAAAAAUGCAGAAGAAAAAAGAAUCGUUCAAUCUAACAAUAGUUGUUCGUUAAAUCAAUUAUCAACGUCAAAAAAAUCUAAUAAGAAAAAAACGGUUGAACCUACUCUUCCUGGCUUAGUCGAUUUUAGUUUUCUUCCAAUGCCCGCAGCUAUUAAUUCUCCAAUUCUUCCCGACGAUUUCCAUUCGCAUACUAAUUUUCUGCCACCUCCACCCACACCAACCCAAUUAUAUCCAUGUAAAAACCCUUUGUACACCAAACCAACAUCGGAUUUAAGCCACAAUUUGUUGCCUUUACCACCGGUUACAAGACCGGGGGUACCACAUCCGGAAAUAUCACCUUCAUUAAACAGCGUUGGAUCUAGUUUAACCAAUUUCAAUUUGAGUACAAUAUUUCCUGAGAUAAAUAAGGGUUCCAAUAUUUUGGAUAAUAUGUAUCCUGAUGCAAAUAAAUCAAAGGAAUAUUCUUCCCAUCGUGAUUUUUUGGGAACCUCACAAGUUCCAUUUUCAAAAUCUAACCCGACAAUGAGCUAUAUUCAUUUAACAUCUACUAAUAAUACAAAUUAGCGAUUAGGUUAAUGUUUAUGGUAUUUGUAAUUUAUUAGUGAGUAAUUUAAUUAAGAAGAUUUCAGAUGUAUAUAAGUAUAAUGUGUAUUAAGAAUUACUAAAUUAGAGAAAAAGUAACCGAAAACAUUAUAAGUUAAAGUUGUACCAAUCUAGUUGUGCAACAUUAUUCAAAUGAACGUUUGAACCUGUUCAGGAGACUUAUUAUGAGUGAAUGUUGGUUUUUUAGUUCUAGGAUGAAAUAAAAAUAAAACAGCUUCAAUAAUCUAUAAAAUUUUAUAGAACAUAUUUGAUAAAGAUUUAAAUAUGCAAAAACUUGUAGAGAUACUAUACACAGGUGUAUAUAAAAGAUGCCACAUUUUGGAUAAUCCUGUUCAUUUGGUGGUCAGUGUAUUGAUUGAGUCAUAUUGUACCUGAUUAUUAUAAGAUUCUUAAUAAACGUAAAAUAAUUAUAAAAAAAAA